AUGGAAAACGUCUACCAUGAGGACGUCGUAAUUUUUUUCUCCACCGAAAUGUUGGAGGGAAUACUGGAUCUUUUUAAACACGCGAAUUAUUUGAAGGGGGGGGUACACAGAAUUAUGUCUUUGGGGAAGUUCGAGUUGGUUUUCAGUUCAGACGACUGCUUGGUGAGGGAACGGGUCAAAAAUGGGGAGGAGCAACAAAAUGGGGAAAAAACGCCAAGUGGGAAGCCGCCGCAAAAUGGGGAAGGGAAGCAAAAACCCUGCAACUUCCUGUUUAACAACAAAAACGUGAAUGACGAGCGGGAACUCAUCUGCGAGGAGAUAACCAAGUGUUUAUACGGAGGCCAUAAAUCUUCCAAAGGUGCACACAAGCGCAAACUCCUCACAACCAUUAUUAUACAGGCCAUCCUCUUCGCUAACAGAAUAGGGUUGGAUGUGUACAAGAUUAAUUUAUUUCUUUCCAUUAUUCUUAUGAUAAUGCAUAGAAUUAGGGACAAUUUAAAAGAAAAAAAAGGGAGAAAACUAAAAACCAUCAAAUAUUUUUUCCAUUUGAUGAGCAAAAAUGUAAACUACGGUUGGACGGCGGACCCAACAGGGGAAUGUACUUACGUCCAGGACGGGUCAUCCUCCAUGAAUAGCGACAAUUUGGGGAGACCCUCCAACCAGGUCGGCACCAAAGAAGGGGAAUACAUCACCUCAACCAAACAACCCCUCAGCGUGAAUGUAAAGCAGAAACCAGGAGAGGAUACAAACAACGCGAAUGGAGCUAGUACCAAUGAGUUAGGGAAAAAACAAAUGGAAGACAAUAGGGAAGACCCACCUCCCCUCGAAACAGAUGAACAAAGACCAGUGUGCACACAAUUUAUCCUCUUCCACUUUGAAGAAGCCAAAAAUAUAAUAAAAUAUUUUUUUGAAAAUAUUUUUUCCAUUUAUAAUAUGAUCGAAUAUCUUUUUUUGUUUUCCCCCGUGUGUGUACAUGUGGCUCAUGGGGGUGGAUUUUCCCCAGCGUCUCCACCAGGGUGUUUAUUCACAUCGGAUGCGUUGAAGCUUGGUGAAGCAGCGAACACGAAUGAUGACCAAAUGGUGGACCCCAUUGACAACGAUGAAUACGAGGAACUUGCCACGAAUAUCUACAUAAAGGAUGCCCUGGAUGUGCCCCUCUUCGUUUUGAAUAAGUUCUACUCAAAUGUCGACCAGCUGGAGCGUAAGAUCGACCAAGUCUUGGCGUGA